GUAUGUUCUGUGGCCGUUUGCUCGACUGGGGUUGAAUUGUCAAGUUCUGUGUCAAAUUCUCUUCUUUUCCUGCCAAGAAGGACUCAGGAACAGACAUGAAUAUGGCAAGUACAUAUAUGCAACAUUCACAGUGGUUAAAAACCUCACAAAUGUGUUCACUGUGCCAAAAGUUUUACUGAGUGGGCAAGAAAUUUGUGGAGUCACCUUGAAAUUAAAAGAACGACAGACUGUACAAAUGAACUCAAUGUGACAAGUGCUUUAAGCAAAUUUAGCAGGUUUAUAUUCACACUUGAAGAUUCACUGUGGUAUGAAACCCUUCAAGUGUUCUCAAUGUGACAGGUGUUUUAGCCAGUCAGGCAAUUUGCAACGUCACCUGAUGAUACACAGUGAUGAGAAAGCCUUCAAGUGUACUCAAUGUGACAGGUGUUUUAGCCAGUCAGGCAAUUUGCAACGUCACAUGAUGAUACACAGUGGUGAGAAACCCUUCAAAUGUACUCAAUGUGACAAAAGCUUUAAUACUGUGGGAAAUUUGAAUACUCACAUGCGAAUUCACAGUGGCGUGAAACCCUUCAAAUGUACUCAGUGUGACAGGUGUUUUAUUCAGUCAGGCAGUUUGCAAUAUCACAUGAUGAUACACAGUGGUGUGAAACCCUUCAAAUGUACUCAGUGUGACAAAAGAUUUAGAACUGCAGGAAAUUUGAAUAGUCACGUGCCAAUUCACAGUGGCUUGAAACCCUUCAAAUGUACUCAAUGUGACAAAAGCUUUAGAAGGGCGGGAAAUUUGAAUAAUCACGUGCGAAUUCAUAGUGGCGUGAAACCCUUCAGGUGUACCAAGUGCGACAAGUGCUUCACUCGUAUGGAAAGUGUCUUACAUCAUAACAGAUCAUUUCACAGUGAUUUGCCCCACAAGUGAAGAAAAUUUGGCAAAAGCUUCAAAGAUGGCAGUGGAUUGAAGAGACACGUGUGUAAGGAGCUUUCCUUAGAAGAUCGGAAGAAAUUCACCCGUUGAAUGUGCGGUGAAUUUUGUCACAACUGUUGUGGUAUUCUUUACCAUAUGUAAAAACAUGGGAUGCGAAAAAACUACACUGGAGAUGUUCUGCUAAAUAAGUAAAACCGUUGGUGGAUUGUCAUUGAGAAUUGUUAGCCAUAAAAGACUAAGAGUGAAAUGUGCUGGCAAAUCAAGAAUCAAGUUUAUUUGAAGAGCAUGUAGUCACGCAACAGAGAAGUUCGUUUAAUCCUAGGGAAUCUGUCAAACAUUGUCAGGGUAGUGAGCCCGGUGGAGGGGCGGGGCACUCCCAUAUGUGAGAGGGGAAGGAGCCCAGUCUGGGUGUGGCCGGAGAAGUAUUUGAUCUAAAAAACAAUCAGAAAAGUAAAAGCUGCCAUGAUUUUAAUGAUGUUAAAGAUGUAAUUCAGUAAAGAUGGUUCAGUUUUGAUGACAUUGCAACUGAUCUCCUUUGUAUUCAGCGAAGGCCACAAAAUCAGCAUGAUGGCAUUUUGUUUUGUUUAUUUUUUCCGAAUAUGUUGAGCGCAACCCUAAAAGAUACCUCGAAAGCUAAACUAAGUGAGACUAAGGUCGUGAGUUGCACUCCUAAGCGAGACGAUGAACGUCCCGUUUCCUUUCUUAUGGGAGUCCUUGACCCCCACCCCCCAACAGCUCCACCCCGGUUAAAAGAGUCCUUGCUAUAAGAAAGGAAGGACUCUAUAAGACUUCACUUUUUUUAUUUCUUUUUACGAUGUUUUAAUGCGUUCAGCAUUUUUAUUUAAUGGAGAUUAGCACAACACGUUUCAAGGGUGGUCUAUCUUUUAGUAUUAACGAAAGAGUUGUUUCCAUUUAAGAAAUAGAAAACAUGCACCGUGUUUCUAUCGAGUUUUAGUAUAAAUCUACUAACG